GUGGCCGCUCGGUUUCGCUCUGCCGCGGCCCUCCGGCCCCACUCCGGGCGGGAUGCAGGACCCCCCGGUGGCGGCGCUGGGGGCUCCCGGCUCGGGUGCGAGCCCCCACCCUCCCGGUGAUUCGGCAGCCCCCCGAGGAUGAAGACGCUGGUCGGGCUCUUCCUAACGCUGGUGUGCGCGGUGGUGGCGGCGGUGCUGCUCAUCCCGCUGUGCUACCGCGGCAGUGUGCAGCUCUGCUGCCCGGCCCCGGGGCUGCGGGACAGCCCCACCGCAUCCAACGGCCGCAGCUUCCAGGGAUACAGCCGCGUUCCCGACGGAAAGCCGCUGGAGCGAGCACUGUGCCACCACUGCGCCAUCGUCUCCAGCUCGGGGCAGAUGCUGGGCUCACAGCUGGGACAGGCCAUCGACGGGCACGAGUGUGUCCUGCGCAUGAACCACGCCCCCACCACCGGCUACGAGCAGGACGUGGGGACACGCUGCACCAUCCGGGUGGUCUCACACACCAGCGUUCCGCUGCUGCUGGGGAACCAGCCCUACUUCUUCCAGCAGUUCCAAGAUACCCUCUACAUCAUCUGGGGGCCAGGAAAGAAGAUGAAUAGGGAGAAGAAGAUGGGCUCAACCUACCAGGCACUGCUCAAGUUGAUAGAAAAGUACCCCCAGGUGCAGAUCUACACCCUGACUGAGGAGAAGAUGACAUACUGUGAUGAUGUCUUCCAGAAUGAGACAGGGAAGAACAGGUUGAAGUCUGGCUCCUUCCUGAGCACGGGCUGGUUCACCAUGAUCCUGGCCAUGGAGCUAUGCGAGCAGAUCAGUGUGUUUGGCAUGGUCAGCGACAGCUACUGCAGGGAAAAGAACCACUCCAGCGUGCCGUACCACUACUUCGAGAAGGGCCGGCUAGACGAGUGCAAGAUGUACCUGGUGCAUGAGCAAGCUCACCGUGCCGGACACCGCUUCAUCACCGAGAAAGCCAUCUUCUCCCGCUGGGCCAAGAGGAGGAACAUUGUCUUCAACCACCCCUCCUGGGCAGGCAGGAGGAAUAUUUAAUGCAGGAUUAGACAUGCUGCAGGACUCUGCCAGGACAUGGGGCAGAAAUGCUCAGCCCUGCCAGGGCCACAUAUUGGUGCCUCUCACAGGAACGAAGCUCUACUGUGCACCUUGCCCCACUUGUGCCCUCUGGACAGUGCUGAAUGUGGGGUGCAGGCAGCUGAAUCCAGGUUCUGCCUUCUGCUGCUUGUUGCCUGCAUCCCCUCAUCUGGGAAGCCCUGGAGCCACAUGUGCCCUAGGGGCUUCGAGUUGCCUUGUCACAAGUGUCCUUGGAUUCAGACCAAAGCAAACAUGGCCAUUAAAACUGUUUUUAAUUCA